CAACUCCCCCUUCGACACUCCGAGUCUCUCUUUCUCUCCUCGGCUUCUUCUCUUCGUUUGGUCAUUUGAGUUUAUUGGGCUAUUGAACAAAAUGUCGGCUGGUGUACAGAACCUCGUUAUCUCGCUCGGUGCCAUGCAAUUGGCCCGGAGAAUACCCUUCGACGACCCCGUCACGCUCAACUACGUCCGCCUCGGCUACGUCGUCGUCCAGCUCAUCGCCCUCGCCACGUACUACUACCUCUCGACUGUCGUGAAGAAGAAGAAUGAUCAAACUGUGUUGAAGUAUGUCGAACCCGCAGCACCCAUGUCAGGCGAACCAGGCAAAGUCGUGACUACGACCGUACGGGACUACGACUUGCAGGAGGUUUCUAAACUCCUCCGCUCAACCUACACCGGCCUCGCCAUGAUGGCCGUCAUGCACCUCUACUUCAAAUUCACCCAACCCCUCUUCGUCCAAUCCCUCAUGGGCCUCAAAAACCUCUACGACGCCAAACUCGUUGCAAUCCAUUUGUUGGGUAAGGAGCCGAGUGGGGAGUUGAGUAGGCCGUUUAAGACUGCUGGGAUGUUUGGUGCCGCCACCGGUCCUCAAACUGACGCCGCUGCUAUCGCUGAAGCUGAGAAGGCUGCUACGAAGAAGGAGAAUUAGACACUCCCUUGGCACGUAUCCCUCGUUGUAUAGCUAGGCAUUUGGUUUUAUUAAUUUAUGUAUGGGUUCCUGGAGUGCAGGUGUAAUAUGAGCGGCAGGUGUAAUAUGAGAGGCAGGUGUAAUACUUAUGAGUGUUGGCGUACUGUUGUUUCGCA